CGGGUCAUUGGAGGAGGCCGCCACCUCGGCUGUCAGUCUCGCUGGCCUGGCCCCGCCUCCAGCGGCGCCCUGUCGCGGGACGUAGGGGGCCGCGGGGGCUGCCGGGACGGGCCCAAGAUGGCCGGCGUCCUAGGUUCCGCUUCUGCUCGCGGCCCCGCGCCCCAUUCAUUGCUCCUCUGCUGAGCGGCGUCGCGUGGCGUGAGCCGGCCCUAGGCCUCCGGGGGUUGCCCCUCCGGGCGUUGCCCCGCCAUGGCGACCUUAGAAAAGCUGAUGAAGGCCUUUGAGUCCCUCAAGUCCUUCCAGCAGCAGCAGGCGCCGCCGCCGCAGCCCCCUCAGCCGCCGCCUCAGGCGCCGCCGCCCCCGCCUCCGCCGCCGCCUGGCCCGUCAGGGCCCGAGGAGCCGCUGCCCCGACCAAAGAAGGAACUCUCAGCCACCAAGAAAGACCGUGUGAAUCAUUGUCUGACAAUAUGUGAAAACAUAGUGGCGCAGUCUCUCAGAAAUUCUCCAGAAUUUCAGAAACUCCUGGGCAUCGCCAUGGAACUUUUCCUGUUGUGCAGUGAUGAUGUGGAGUCAGAUGUCAGGAUGGUGGCUGACGAAUGCCUCAACAAAGUUAUCAAAGCUUUGAUGGAUUCCAACCUGCCAAGGCUCCAGUUAGAACUUUACAAGGAAAUCAAGAAGAACGGCGCCCCUCGGAGCUUGCGUGCUGCCCUGUGGAGGUUUGCUGAGCUGGCUCACCUGGUUCGGCCUCAGAAGUGCAGGCCUUACCUGGUGAAUCUUCUGCCAUGCUUGACUCGAACAAGCAGGAGACCUGAGGAAUCCGUCCAGGAGACCUUGGCUGCAGCUAUUCCCAAAAUUAUGGCUUCUUUUGGCAAUUUUGCAAAUGACAAUGAAAUUAAGAUUCUGUUGAAGGCGUUCAUAGCAAAUCUGAAGUCAAGCUCCCCUACGGUCCGGCGCACAGCAGCUGGCUCGGCAGUGAGCAUCUGCCAGCACUCCAGGAGGACGCAGUACUUCUAUAGCUGGCUGCUCAACGUGCUCCUGGGUCUACUGGUUCCAGUGGAGGAAGAACACCCUACACUCCUGAUCCUCGGGGUGCUGCUUACGUUGAGGUAUCUGGUGCCCUUGCUGCAGCAGCAGGUCAAGGACACAAGCCUGAAAGGCAGCUUUGGGGUGACUCGAAAAGAGAUGGAAGUGUCCCCGUCUGCAGAGCAGCUGGUCCAGGUUUACCAGCUGACUUUGCAUCACACAAAGCACCAAGACCACAAUGUGGUGACAGGCGCCCUGGAGCUCUUGCAGCAACUCUUCCGCACACCCCCGCCUGAGCUGCUGCAGGCGCUGACCACUCCUGGGGGCCUGGCUCAGCUCUCUGUGGCUCAGGAGGAGGCCCGGGGCCGCAGUGGGAGCAUCGUGGAGCUUCUAGUUGGAGGGGGUUCUUCAUGCAGUCCUGUCUUUUCAAGAAAGCAAAAAGGGAAAGUGCUCCUAGGAGAAGAAGCAGCCUUGGAGGAUGACUCCGAAUCAAGGUCAGAUGCCAGCAGCUCGGCCUUUGCAGCCUCUGUAAAGGGUGAAAUCAGUGGAGAGCUGGCAGCCUCCUCGGGGGUCUCUACACCUGGGUCCAUGGAUCACGAUAUCAUCACUGAGCAGCCCAGGUCACAGCACACACUGCAGGCUGACUCUGUGGAUCUGUCCAGCUGUGACUUAACCAGCACUGCCACCGAUGGAGAUGAAGAGGACAUCUUGAGCCACAGUUCCAGCCAAAUCAGUGCUGUUCCUUCCGACCCUGCCAUGGACCUGAAUGAUGGGACCCAGGCCUCUUCACCCAUCAGUGACAGCUCCCAGACCACCACAGAAGGGCCUGAUUCAGCUGUGACCCCUUCUGACAGCUCUGAGAUUGUGUUAGACAGUGCCGACAGCCAGUUCUCAGGCAUGCAGGUCUGCGCCCCACAGGACGAGGCUGAGGCCGAGGCCGCGGCUGUGCUGGGCAGCCUUCCUUCCGGGGCCUCGGGGUGUCUCAGAAGCUCUUCCAUGGAAGCCCUUCAGCGAGCACAUUUAUUGGAGAGCAUGGGUCACAACAGGCAGCCUUCUGACAGCAGUGUAGAUAAGUUUGUAUCAAGAGAUGAACCUGCUGAACCAGGCGAUCAGGAGAACAAGCCUUGCUGGGUCAAAGGCGACAUAGGACAGUCCACUGAUGACGAUUCUGCUCCUCUGGUCCAUUGUGUCCGCCUUUUAUCUGCUUCAUUUUUGCUCAGUGGAGGAAAAAAUGUGCUGGUUCCGGACAGAGAUGUGAGGGUCAGUGUGAAGGCCCUGGCCCUUAGCUGUGUUGGGGCAGCUGUUGCCCUGCAUCCGGAAUCUUUCUUCAGCAAACUGUAUAAAGUACCUCUGGACACUGUGGAAUACCCUGAGGAGCAGUAUGUCUCUGACGUCUUGAACUACAUCGACCACGGAGACCCACAGGUCCGAGGAGCCACUGCCAUUCUCUGCGGAACCCUCAUCUCCUCUGUGCUCAAUACCAUCCCGAACUUAAGCAUACGUGAAGAUGUUUAUUCCCUGUUCUUUGGUUUAGGAAAUACAUUUUCUCUAGCGGACUGCAUCCCUCUGCUGCGGAAAACAUUGAAGGAUGAAUCUUCUGUGACUUGCAAGUUGGCUUGUACAGCUGUGAGGCACUGUGUCCUGAGUCUUUGCAGCAGCAGUUAUAGCGGCCUAGGACUGCAGCUGCUGGUGGACCUGCUGGCCCUGAGGGGAAGCUCCUACUGGCUGGUGAGGACUGAGCUCCUGGAGACGCUUGCAGAGAUGGACUUCCGGCUGGUGAGCUUUUUGGAGGCAAAAGCAGAGAGCUUACACAGAGGGGCUCAUCAUUAUACAGGACUUUUAAAACUGCAAGACCGAGUGCUCAAUAAUGUUGUCAUCUCUUUGCUUGGGGACGAAGACCCCAGGGUGCGACACGUUGCUGCGGCAUCAUUAGUGAGGCUCGUCCCAAAGCUGUUCUAUAAAUGUGACCAAGGACAGGCUGAUCCAGUGGUGGCUGUGGCAAGAGACCAAAGCAGUGUUCACCUGAAACUCCUCAUGCACGAGACACAGCCUCCCUCACACUUCUCCGUCAGCACCAUCACGAGAAUCUAUAGAGGCUAUAGUUUACUACCAAGCAUAACAGAUGUCACCAUGGAGAAUAACCUCUCGAGAGUUAUUGCUGCUGUUUCUCAUGAGCUGAUCACGGCCACCACGCGUGCGCUCACUUUUGGAUGCUGCGAAGCUUUGUGUCUUCUGUCAGCCGCCUUUCCAGUUUGUGUGUGGAGCUUAGGUUGGCAUUGUGGAGCACCCCCACUGAGUGCCUCCGAUGAGUCCAGGAAGAGCUGCACUGUUGGGAUGGCCACCGUGAUUCUUACCCUGCUCUCCUCGGCUUGGUUCCCGAUGGACAUCUCUGCCCAUCAAGACGCCUUGAUCUUGGCAGGAAACUUGCUCGCAGGCAAUUUCCAUCUCCCACCUGUGGAGGCGGGUAAUGUGUCUACCUGUGUCACAGCUAGUGCCCCCAAGUCUCUGAGGAGUUCAUGGGCCUCUGAAGAAGAAGCCAACCCCGCUGCCACCAGACAGGAGGAGGUGUGGCCUGCCCUGGGGGACCGGACCCUGGUGCCCAUGGUGGAGCAGCUCUUCUCCCACCUGCUGAAGGUGAUCAACAUCUGUGCCCACGUCCUGGAUGACGUGGCUCCUGGGCCAGCAAUCAAGGCAGCCUUGCCUUCUCUGACAAACCCCCCUUCCCUGAGUCCCAUCCGCCGCAAAGGCAAGGAGAAGGAACCAGGAGAACAAGCCUCUGCGCCAUUGAGUCCCAAGAAGGGCAGUGAGGCGAGUGCAGUCUCCCGACAAUCCGAUACCUCGGGCCCAGUUACAGCCAGUAAAUCCUCGUCACUGGGGAGCUUCUAUCAUCUUCCUUCAUACCUCAAGCUGCAUGACGUCCUAAAGGCCACUCACGCCAACUACAAGGUCACCUUGGAUCUUCAGAACAACACUGAAAAGUUUGGGGGGUUCCUGCGCUCUGCCUUGGAUGUUCUCUCCCAGAUUCUAGAGCUGGCGACGCUGCAGGACAUUGGGAAGUGUGUCGAAGAGAUCCUGGGGUACCUGAAAUCCUGCUUUAGUCGGGAACCAAUGAUGGCUACUAUUUGUGUCCAGCAGCUGUUGAAGACUCUCUUUGGGACAAACCUGGCUUCCCAGUUCGAUGGCUUGUCUUCCAACCCCAGCAAGUCUCAAGGCCGAGCGCAGCGCCUCGGCUCUUCCAGUGUGAGGCCGGGCCUGUACCACUACUGCUUCAUGGCCCCGUACACCCACUUCACACAGGCCCUUGCGGAUGCCAGCCUGAGGAACAUGGUGCAGGCAGAGCAGGAGCACGACACCUCGGGAUGGUUUGAUGUGCUCCAGAAAGUGUCCACUCAGCUCAAGACAAACUUCACGAGUGUCACAAAGAACCGGGAAGACAAGAAUGCUAUUCACAACCACAUUCGUUUAUUUGAGCCUCUUGUCAUAAAAGCUUUGAAACAGUAUACAACGACGACCUCGGUGCAGUUGCAGAAGCAGGUUUUGGAUUUGCUGGCACAGCUGGUUCAGUUACGGGUGAAUUACUGCCUUCUGGACUCGGAUCAGGUGUUCAUUGGAUUUGUUCUGAAGCAGUUUGAAUACAUUGAAGUGGGCCAGUUCAGGGAAUCGGAGGCGAUUAUUCCAAACAUCUUUUUCUUCCUAGUAUUGCUCUCUUAUGAACGAUACCAUUCCAAGCAGAUUAUUGGAAUUCCUAAAAUCAUCCAGCUUUGCGAUGGCAUCAUGGCCAGCGGGAGGAAGGCCGUGACACAUGCAAUCCCAGCUCUGCAGCCCAUAGUCCAUGACCUUUUUGUGUUAAGAGGAACAAAUAAAGCUGAUGCAGGGAAAGAACUUGAAACUCAGAAGGAGGUGGUGGUGUCGAUGCUGCUGAGACUCAUCCAGUACCAUCAGGUGCUGGAGAUGUUCAUCCUCGUCCUGCAGCAGUGCCACAAGGAGAACGAGGACAAGUGGAAACGGCUGUCUCGGCAGGUCGCUGACAUCAUCCUGCCCAUGCUUGCCAAGCAGCAGAUGCAUAUCGACUCGCACGAAGCCCUUGGAGUGUUAAACACUUUGUUUGAGAUUCUGGCCCCUUCCUCCCUCCGCCCGGUGGACAUGCUUUUGCGCAGUAUGUUCGUCACUCCAAGCACGAUGGCCUCAGUGAGCACUGUUCAGCUGUGGAUAUCUGGAAUUCUAGCCAUCCUGAGGGUUCUCAUUUCCCAGUCAACUGAAGAUAUUGUUCUCUCUCGCAUUCAGGAGCUCUGCUUCUCUCCAUAUUUAAUUUCCUGUUCAGUGAUUAACAGGUUGAGAGAUGGGGACAGUAAUUCAGCAUCAGAAGAACACAGUGAAGGGAAACAAUCGAAGAAUUCGCCAGAAGAAACAUUGUCAAGGUUUCUGUUACAACUGGUUGGGAUCCUGUUAGAGAACAUUGUUACAAAGCAGCUGAAAGUGGAAAUGACUGAACAGCAGCACACUUUCUACUGCCAAGAGCUGGGCACUCUGCUCAUGUGCCUCAUCCACAUCUUCAAGUCGGGGAUGUUCCGGAGAGUCACCGCGGCUGCCACCAGACUCUUCACCAACGAUGGCUGUGAGGGCAGCUUCUACACGCUGGAGAGCCUGAAUGAGCGCGUGCGCUCCAUGGCGCCCACACACCCAGCCCUGGUGCUGCUGUGGUGCCAGAUCCUGCUGCUCGCCAACCACACCGACCACCACUGGUGGGCAGAGGUGCAGCAGACACCCAGGAGACACAGUCUGUCGUGCACGAAGUCACUCAGCCCCCAGGUGUCCAGCGAGGAGGAGGAGGAGGACUCUGACUCAGCCGCUCAACUGGGAAUGUGCAAUAGAGAGAUCGUGCGAAGAGGGGCCCUCAUUCUCUUCUGUGAUUAUGUUUGUCAGAACCUCCAUGACUCCGAGCACCUAACAUGGCUCAUUGUGAACCACAUUCAAGAUCUGAUCAGUCUUUGCCAUGAGCCUCCAGUGCAGGACUUCAUCAGUGCCGUCCAUCGGAAUUCUGCCGCCAGUGGCCUUUUCAUCCAAGCAAUUCAGUCUCGUUGUGAAAAUCUUUCCACUCCAACCACUCUGAAGAAGACGCUGCAGUGCUUGGAAGGCAUCCACCUCAGCCAGUCGGGCACCGUGCUCACACUGUAUGUGGACAGGCUCCUGGGCACCCCUUUCCGAGCACUGGCUCGAAGGGUAGACACCCUGGCCUGUCGCCGGGUAGAAAUGCUGCUGGCUGCAAACUUACAGAGCAGCACAGCCCAGUUGCCAGCAGAAGAACUGAACAGAAUCCAGGAACAUCUUCAGAGCAGUGGGCUUGCGCAGAGACACCAAAGGCUGUAUUCCCUGCUGGACAGGUUCCGUCUUUCCACUGCACAAGACUCACUCAGCCCCUUGCCCCUGGUCACCUCCCACCCGCUGGAUGGGGAUGGGCACAUGUCCCUGGAGACAGUGAGCCCAGACAAAGACUGGUACAUCCGCCUUGUCAGGUCCCAGUGUUGGACCAGGUCAGAUGCUGCACUGCUGGAAGGUGCGGAGCUGGUGAAGCACCUCCCCGCCGAGGACAUGCGUGUCUUCAUGAUGAGCUCGGAGUUCAACCUAAGCCUAUUGGCCCCGUGCUUAAGCCUCAGCCUGAGUGAAGUUGCAGCUGGCCAGAGGAGCCCCCUUUUUGAAGCAGCCCGUGGGGUGACUCUGGACCGUGUGACCAGCAUCGUUGAGCAGCUUCCUGCUGUCCAUCAAGUCUUCCAGCCCUUCCUGCCCACACAGCCCACAGCCUACUGGAGCAAGUUGAAUGGUCUAUUUGGGGAUGCCACAUUGUACCAGUCCCUCACCACACUGGCCCGGGCCCUGGCACAGUACCUGGUGGUGGUGUCCAAAGUGCCUGCCCAUUUGCACCUUCCUCCUGAGAAGGAAAAAGACACCGUGAAGUUUGUGGCGAUGACCCUGGAGGCCCUGUCAUGGCAUUUGAUCCACGAGCAGAUCCCACUGAGUCUGGACCUCCAGGCUGGGCUGGACUGCUGCUGCCUGGCCCUGCAACAGCCUGGUCUCUGGAGUGUGGUCUCCUCCGCCGAGUUUGUGACCCACGCCUGCUCCCUCAUCCACUGUGUGCGAUUCAUCCUGGAAGCUGUUGCAGUGCAGCCUGGAGACCAGCUUCUCAGUCCAGAAAGUCGGACGCGCACCCUAAGGGCCGUCCAAGAGGAGGAAGUAAAUGUAGACACACAGAAUCCCAAAUUCAUCACCACGGCCUGUGAGAUGAUGGCAGAGAUGGUGGAAUCCCUGCAGUCGGUGCUGGCCUUGGGCCACAAGAGGAACAGCAGUGUGCCUACAUUUCUCACAGCGGUGCUCAAGAACAUUGUGGUCAGCCUGGCCCGCCUCCCCCUCGUCAACAGCUACACUCGAGUGCCGCCCUUGGUGUGGAGACUCGGGUGGUCCCCCAAGCCAGGAGGGGACUUUGGCACUGUGUUCCCCGAGAUUCCCGUGGAGUUCCUGCAGGAGAAGGAAGUCUUCAAGGAGUUCAUCUACCGCAUCAACACUCUAGGGUGGACCAGUCGUACCCAGUUUGAGGAAACUUGGGCCACCCUACUCGGUGUCCUGGUGACCCAGCCUCUUGUGAUGGAGCAGGAGGAGAGCCCGCCUGAGGAAGACACAGAGAGGACCCAGAUCCAUGUGCUAGCUGUGCAGGCCAUCACCUCCCUGGUGCUCAGUGCCAUGACCGUGCCUGUUGCUGGCAACCCAGCAGUGAGCUGUCUGGAGCAGCAGCCCCGGAACAAGCCCCUCAAAGCUCUUGAUACCAGGUUUGGGAGGAAAUUGAGCAUGAUCAGAGGGAUUGUAGAGCAGGAGAUUCAAGCGAUGGUUUCCAAGAGGGAGAAUAUUGCCACCCAUCACGCAUACCAGGCAUGGGAUCCUGUUCCCUCUCUGUCACCCGCCACUACAGGUGCGCUCAUCAGUCAUGACAGGCUGCUGCUGCAGAUCAACCCUGAGCGGGAGCUGGGCAACAUGAGCUACAAGCUGGGCCAGGUGUCCAUUCACUCCGUGUGGCUGGGGAACAACAUCACCCCUCUGAGAGAGGAGGAGUGGGAUGAGGAGGAGGAAGAGGAGGCUGAUGUCCCUGCACCUGCAUCCCCACCCGUGUCUCCAGUCAACUCCAGGAAACACCGGGCUGGAGUCGACAUCCACUCCUGUUCACAGUUUCUGCUCGAGUUGUACAGCCGGUGGAUCCUGCCCUCCAGCUCGGCCAGAAGGACCCCGGUCAUCCUGAUCAGCGAAGUGGUUCGCUCUCUUCUCGUCAUCUCAGAUUUGUUCACUGAGAGGAACCAGUUUGAGAUGAUGUAUUCGACGUUGACGGAACUGCGGCGGGUACACCCUUCGGAAGAUGAGAUUCUCAUCCAGUACCUAGUGCCGGCCACCUGUAAAGCGGCUGCUGUCCUCGGAAUGGACAAGGCCGUGGCAGAGCCAGUCAGCCGCCUGCUGGAGAGCACCCUCAGGAGCAGCCACCUGCCCAGCCAGAUCGGAGCCCUGCAUGGCAUCCUGUAUGUGCUGGAGUGCGACCUCCUGGAUGACACCGCAAAGCAGCUCAUCCCGUACAUCAGCGACUACCUCCUGUCCGGGCUCAAGGGGGCAGCCCACUGCGUGAACGUGCACAGCCAGCAGCACGUGCUGGUGAUGUGUGCCACUGCUUUUUAUCUCAUCGAGAACUACCCGCUGGACGUGGGGCCUGAGUUUUCAGCGUCAGUCAUACAGAUGUGUGGAGUGAUGCUGUCCGGCAGUGAGGAGUCCACUCCCUCCAUCAUCUACCACUGCGCCCUCCGAGGCCUGGAGCGCCUCCUACUCUCCGAGCAGCUCUCCCGGCUGGACACAGAGUCCCUAGUCAAGCUGAGUGUGGACAGAGUGAACGUGCACAGCCCACACCGGGCUAUGGCCGCCCUGGGUCUGAUGCUCACCUGCAUGUACACCGGAAAGGAGAAAACCAGUCCAGGCAGAACUUCAGACCCUAACCCUGCAGCCCCAGACAGCGAGUCCGUGAUUGUGGCCAUGGAGCGGGUGUCUGUUCUCUUCGAUAGGAUCAGGAAGGGCUUCCCCUGUGAGGCCCGGGUGGUGGCAAGGAUCCUGCCACAGUUCCUGGACGACUUCUUCCCACCCCAGGAUGUCAUGAACAAGGUCAUUGGAGAGUUCCUGUCCAACCAGCAGCCGUACCCACAGUUCAUGGCUACUGUCGUGUACAAGGUGUUCCAGACUCUGCACAGUGCCGGACAGUCGUCCAUGGUCCGGGACUGGGUCAUGCUGUCCCUGUCCAACUUCACGCAGAGGACCCCAGUUGCCAUGGCCAUGUGGAGCCUCUCCUGCUUCUUCGUCAGCGCGUCCACCAGCCCCUGGGUGUCAGCCAUCCUCCCUCACGUCAUCAGCCGGAUGGGCAAGCUGGAGCAGGUGGACGUUAGCCUUUUCUGCCUAGUCGCCACAGACUUCUACAGACACCAGAUAGAGGAGGAGCUCGACCGCAGGGCCUUCCAGUCUGUGUUUGAGGUGGUCGCGGCACCGGGAAGCCCGUACCACCGGCUGCUGACUUGUUUGAGAAACGUCCACAAGGUCAUGACUUGCUGAGCGUCUGUAGCAGCAGAGGCCUGAAGGAGGUGGUCUGAGUGAGCCCUGCCUCUGCUGGGGCCACCUGGGUCAUGGCAGGCUUCGGUUCGUGUCGCAUGAGCUGGCCGGGUGUGCGUGUGUCUCUGCCCUGAGACAGAAGUGCACUUUGCAGCAAGGGCUGUGCAGGGAACACACAGCAGAUUGGGCUUGAACCUGAGUCCUGUGCUGGCGGCCAUGCAGCUGGCAGGUGUUGUUCCUCCUAGCAUUCACCUGUCCGCUUCGUGGGGUGGCAGGGGCCCUGCGUCCAGGCAGGAGCCCUUGCUCUUGGAGGUGGCCCUGGCCUCCCUGUCCCACAGACUGGUGCACUGCCAGCGGGCUGCAGAGCCCUCCCUGUGUCUCCCCAAUGGGGUGCGCCUGCCACUCCCGUGUCUGGAUGCUGUGGUGUGUGGAGGGUCAGGCCAGGAGGCCCCAGAUGCCCAGUGCCAGUCUCCCUUUCUGUUUUCUUCUCAGGACUUAAAAUUUAAUUAUAUCAGUAAAGAGAUUAAUUUUAAUGUAA